AUAACCAGAAGACCCUACUCUCUUCAAUGAAAGGAGCCUGUCAGAUUUAUUGCAGAAAGUAGAACCAGGGAAGACUGUUGAUGGGUUUUCAAAGCAUUUGAGAAUACCAGGAAAAGAACUUGCUCUCCUCCCCUGUGCAUAUACAUAGAGUAAGGCUGCUUCUGAUGCAGCUGAGAAAGAUGCAGGCCAUCAAGAAGGAGCAGGCGUCUCUCGACGCUCCCAGCAGCGCAGACAAGAUGAUGGUACUGGCUGCGACUUUGCCCGAGGUGCCUGAGGACCUGUCCACAGCCGAAGAGCUGCUUCUGGGUGAAGGAAACAUAGGCAAAAACAAAUCUUCUGCCUGCCGGAGGAAACGGGAAUUCAUUCCUGAUGAGAAGAAGGAUGCUAUGUAUUGGGAGAAGCGGCGGAAAAACAAUGAAGCCGCAAAACGUUCUCGUGAGAAGCGCAGACUGAAUGACCUGGUUUUAGAGAACAAACUAAUUGCACUGGGAGAAGAAAAUGCCACUUUAAAAGCUGAACUGCUUUCCCUGAAAUUAAAGUUUGGUUUAAUUAGCUCCACAGCAUAUGCUCAGGAGAUUCAGAAACUCAGUAAUUCCACAGCUGUGUACUUUCAGGACUACCAGCCGUCCAAGUCCACAUCCGUGAGUACAUUCGGGGAUGAGCCGGAGCCGGCGCUGGUGGCAGGCAGCUGCAUUUCCGUCAUCAAACACUCCCCGCAGAGCUCCGUGUCUGAUGCAUCCGAGGCGUCCUCAGGGGAGCACACCCGGGAGAGCCCCUUGCAGGGCAGCUGCAGAAGUCCUGAGGGUAAGUUCCAAGUCAUCAAGCAGGAGCCGGUGGAGCUGGAGACCUUCCCAAGGGAGCCCAGAGACGACCGGGGCUCCUACACAGCCUCUAUCUACCAGAGCUACAUGGGAAGCUCUUUUGCCGGCUACUCACACUCUCCCCCUCUCCUGCAAGUCAAUAGAUCCUCCAGCAACUCUCCAAGAACCUCUGAGACCGACGACGGGGUUGUGGGAAAGUCUUCUGAUGGGGAAGACGAGCAGCAGGUGCCUAAGGGCCCUAUCCACUCUCCCGUGGAGCUCAAACGCAUGCACGCCACAGUGGUGAAAGUCCCCGAGGUGAACUCCUCUGCCUUGCCACACAAGCUCCGGAUCAAAGCCAAAGCCAUGCAGAUCAAAGUAGAAGCUUUUGACAAUGAGUUUGAGGCCACGCAAAAACUCUCCUCGCCUGUUGACAUGACGUCUAAAAGACAUUUUGAACUCGGAAACCAUAACACUGCAACCGUGGUCCAUUCUUCCCUCCCUCCUUUCUCAGUGCAGGUGACAAGCAUUCAAGAUUGGUCCCUCAAAUCGGAACACUGGCAUCCAAAAGACCUGAGCAGCAAGACUCAGAAUGGUUUCAAGACUGGAGUGGUGGAGAUUAAAGACGGUGGGCAUAAAGUUUCCAACUCAGAGAACUUGUACUUGAAGCAAGGGAUAGCAAACUUAUCCACAGAGGUUGUCUCACUUAAGAGACUUAUAGCCACACAACCAAUCUCUGCUUCCGACUCUGGGUAGAUGACUACUGAGUAAGAGCGGGCGUUGAGAAAGAUGUCAUUUGCAAUAGAUCAGUACGUUUUGUAUUACUCUGAGUUCCCACUGGACCUGUGAUGUCAUUUCACUGUAAUGUGCACGUCGUCUGUUCCAUGUCUGUGUGCACAGAUGAUGCGAUAGUUAUGUCCUCACUUUGCCUUGUGUAUAGUCAGAUAGUCCAUACAAAGGCUGUACAUAUUGAACAUUAUUUUUGUUGUCCUGUUAUAAAGUGUGUAAGUUACCAGUUUCAAUAAAGGAUUGGUGACAGACACAGAA